AGGCUCAGCUCAGGACAGGCUCCCAGCGAGGGGCUGAGUCAGGCUUGAGGUGCCGUGGCAGAACUGGGGUGGGGAGUCACAGCCUGGAGUAGCAGGGGGUGCCGCAGAUGGGCAGGCAGGACAGGAACAGCUGGGGAGCCUGUUAGGAGAGAGAGGCCUUUUCAGAGCCCUGUGUGCAUUCUACUGGUCCUAGUGGGCGGAGAGCAGGCGCAGGCAGAUCUCCUGGGACUAUGGGCUUCGUGCACUGGAGACGUGGUCCCUGCCCUGAGGAGUUUAAACAAUCUAACCAGGCGACACACCUGUGAGGGAGACGGGAAAGGAGGCAGCUGCUCACAAGCCGAGGGAUUCAUUGGUGCCUAGGUGAUACGGCCAGAUCUAGCCUGACCCGCUGCACAUCCCAGACCAGACAGUGUCAGCCAGUGACUCCUGCCUCCCACCCAGUAACCUGUAGCUGAACUAGAGCGGCUCUUGGAGAAAGAGCCAGGCAGUCGGGAUUAAAGACCCAAGUGAUGGAGAACUGACCGCAUCCUGUGGCAAUCUGCUCCCGUGGUUAAUUACCCUCCCCAUUCAAAACGCGCUCCUGAUUUCCAGUCUGCAGCGGGCUGACUUCAGCCUCCAGCUAGUGGAUUUAAUACGCCUCUAUCAGCCAAAGUAAGGAGCCCUCUGGCAUCAGAUAGCUCCUUCCCACCGCGGUACUUCCAGAGCAGGAUUAAAUGACCUCGUAAUCUUCCCAUCGAAAAACCAAUCAGAUUAAUCUCCUUUAUCUCCCUCCACAGCUGGUUUUCCAACCCACCCGUCAGUCUCGUAGUCCUUUGAGCCCGAGCAAUUCCAUUCUGACGAGUUCCUUUUCUGUUCCCUUUCAAACUAGAAUCAGGGUUAAAUGAGAAGCUGCUGAGGUUGGGGGAAGAGGGGAGUCAGUGGCCGGAAGGGAAUGAGGCUGUUUGUUGCAGGCACAGGGAGAAAGAAAUGGAGCUUUACUCAUUGGAGUCUCUUGGUCGACCUAGCAUUGCUGGGCUCUUUCAAGGGCUCUUUCUGCUCACUGGGGAUAUUACUCUUGUAAUGAACUGCCUAGGGUGUCUACAUCAACACUGCCCUCUACCAAAUAGAAUCGGAACUGCUCGGCUGUGUGCCAUAGACUCUAUACUGCAAGCAGUUGAUGGAGAUUCUCCUUUAGAACGAGUGGGAGAGGCCUGGGCUGUUGGAGCAGUAGGAUCCGAGUUUCAGAUGGUUCCAGCCUGGUGACAACAGUAAAGUUCCUAGCUGACCCUGCAGUUGUUACUCCAGCGCAUCUCUGGACAGAGUAUCGCUAUAGUUGUAGAACUGUAGAUUGUCUACUCUAUCAAGUAUAGCUUGGGGGGAGGGAUAGUUCAGUGAUUUGAGCAUUGGCCUGCUAAACCCAGGGUUGUGAGUUCAAUCCUUGAGGGGCCAUUUAGGGAACUGGGGUAAAAAUCUGUCUGGGGAUUGGUCCUGCUUUGAACAGGGGGUUGGACUAGAUACCUCCUGAGGUCCCUUCCAACCCUGAUAGUCUGUGAAAUAAAUAUUAGAAACAACUGAGUUCUGCUGCCUGUUUCCAAGCCCAUAAAUGAAUCACAUUCCAGCAAAUCUGCAAAAAAAAUCCCCAUUGGCUGACAUUCUGAGCACCUCCCCACUGUGUAUAGAUUUACCUGCUCAACAUCCCUGUGAAGAAGGGGAGGAGCCCCAUUUUUCAGAUGGGGAAACUGAGGCACAGAGACACAAAGUGACUAGCUCAAGGUCACCCAAGGAGCCUGUGGCGGAGCCAGGAACAGAGCCCAGACUCCCUCCCCCCAAUCCAGUGACUUCACGACAAGCCCAUCCCCUCUUCCUUGCCUAUGUCACUUCAUGGGCCAAAUUCAUCCCCUGGUGGACAUCCACUGACCUCAGUGGUGUGACCCCCUCCCAGGGGUGAUUCCGACUCUCUUUUUAUUUUUAAAGUGCUUGGAGAUCACUUGGCUGAAGGAUGCUGUAGAAAUGCAAAAUAUAUUCUAGAUACCUCAGCAGCCUCGGGGGUCACCACCACCAGUUGGUUCUGAAUUUCCUUGCGGCUACUUGCUUACAAACCAUUAUACAAAAAUCCCCCUGCCCCCUUACAAACAAUUCGUCUCGGUCCCUUUCUUUGCUGAUUUCCUUUGCUGGCGAGGGGCCUUCGGCCCAGUGCUGUUGGUUGUUCUCUGGCCUCUCUUUGCAGCUCUGGAUGGUGGUAACCCCCCCUCGCUGAUGCCUGAGAAGAUAAGGGUUUGGUUCGAACAUCGGAACCAUUGAACAUUGCGGUGGCUCUUCGCCAGGGCAGCUGGAGCAAUGAGGCAGGCGGGCGGCUUGGAGAAAGCAGUGCCUGCAGCGCUGCUUUUAUUGUGCUGGAGAAAAGAGGAGACGCGUAGAACGUCCAGCCCUGCAAGCCCAGGAGGGGAAGGAUCUAAAGCAAGAGGCUAACGGUGCUGAUCCGCUUCCAGAUUGUCUUGCCUGGAUCCCAGCAGAGAAGGGGGAAACCGAGGCACAGGGAGGGGCCAGGCCAUGGCCAUGGUCUCACAGGGAGUCGGUGGCAGAGCUAGGAUCAGACCUGGGAGUCCACGUCUUGACGCUCUCCCUCUUUCACGCCCACAUCAUUCCUGGUUGAAAGGAGACGAACAAAGAGACGGGCCAUUCUGCAGAGUCCCCGUCCCGGCUCCCGAUGGACGUCCUGCCGCUCCUCGUCCUCCUGGCGUGCACGUGGCGCCCCCCUUCUCUGGCUGCUCCUUUCACCUACCAGCUGGCCCGGCUCAGCUCCCAGCGGAGCAGCUGCAAGGCCGUCCCCAGCAGCAUGACUCUCUGCCACGGGGUCGGGUACAACGAGAUGCGGCUGCCCAACCUGCUGGGCCACGAGAGCAUGAAGGAAGCUCUGCAGCAAGCCGCCUCCUGGGUGCCGCUGCUCACCAAGCAGUGCCACGGGGACACCAAGAAAUUUCUGUGCUCGCUCUUUGCCCCCGUGUGCAUCAGCGACCUGGAGGAUCCCGUCUACCCCUGCAGGUCCCUCUGCGAGGCGGUGAGAGACGGCUGCACCCCUGUCAUGGCUGCCUUUGGCUUCCCCUGGCCAGAGAUGUUCAACUGCAGCAGGUUCCCUCGGGGGAACGAACUGUGCGUCCCGCCGGCCGGCCCGGACGACCAACUCCAGCUCGCGAAGGAAGACGCAGUGUGCGCAGCCUGUAUCAGCCGAGGGCACAGCGAAAAGGAGUUCCUGGAAAACUUCUGCAGCCAAGGUUUUGCCCUGAAAAUGAGCAUCAAAGCGCUGUCCAGCGCGGACGGAGACUUGAAAGUGACCCCGGAGCUCAAGAGCCGGACCCUCUACAAGCAGGGAGGCUGGUCGGAAGAAGAGCUGAAGAAGCCAGUCCUGUGGCUGACGCACGGCGAGAGCUGCGCCUGCGAAGAACUCCGCGGGCAGGGCACCGUGGUCUUGGCCAUGGGCCACAAGGCAGCUGGCCGCUUGGUCAUCUCCUGGGUGAGGAGGUGGCAGCGAGGGGAGAGGGAGCUGAAGAAAUUCACCCGGGCUGUGCGGAAGAUCCAGUGCUAAAGGGAAGGGACGCGGCUUUGCGCUGAGGUCGUCUCCCUCCCGCACUCCAGCCGGAAAACAUAUUAGAUUUAGCCAGGCUCUUACUGUGAAAACAGCCCCCCCUUCCCCCAGUCACUGACAGACCCAUACGGCGUUCAGAGGGAAUCCAUAAACUCAGCCAGGAAGCAGCUGAAUCAAGCAUCCUCCGGAGGGUGUGUGCAGACCAAGGAGACCAGAGGCACAGACAAGCCAGCCCCCCUACCUCAGACCCAUGCGGUUAGCUGUAGGGCAGGGGUGGCCAACCGGAGCCUGAGAAAGAGCCAGAAUUUACCAAUGUACAUUGCCAAAGAGCCAC